AUGUCAGGUAGCGUGAUAGUAAAGGUAUUAUUUUUUGCCUCUGCUCGAGAGGCCGCAGGAAAUAUCUCUUCGACAGAUUUGGAAUUGAGUGCAUCUGCAGACACAGCGUCGCUGCGGAAAAGCCUGGCCGAGAAAUACCCAAAAUUGGCGGAAAUGGUUUUGGACGAGGAAAACUUGACGCUCGCUUUGAACGAAGAAUACGUUACCAGCGGACAAGUUCUGCCACUUAAGAAUGGAGAUACAGUCGCAUUGAUACCUCCGAUCAGUGGAGGAUAA